AUGGUUGGGGGUGGUGGGGGGUGUUGGGUGGUUGUGGGUGGGGGGGUUGGUGGGGUUGUUGGGGUGGGGGGGGGGGGGGUGGGGGGUUGGGGGGGGGUUGUGUGGUGUGUUGGGGGGGGGGGGGGGGGGGGUGUGUGGUGUUGGUGGGGGGUGGGGGGGUGGGGUGGGGGUGUGGGGGUGUGGGGGGGGUUGUGGGGGUGGGGGGGGUGGGGGGGGGGGGGGGGUUGUGGGUGGGGGGGGUGUGGUAGGGGGGGGGGGGGGGGGGGGGGGGGUGGGGGGGGGGGGGGGGUGGGGGGGGGGGGGGGGGGGGGGGGGGGGGGGUAUUGGUGUAGUGUGGAUUUGGGGGGUGUGUUUUUUGUGAGUGUUGGUGGGGGGGGGGGGGGGGGGGGGGGGGGUGGGGGGGGGGGUGGGUGGGGGGGUGGAGAGGGGGGUGGGGGAGGAGGGUGGUGGGGGGGGGGUGUGUGA